AGAACUUUAUCCCUAGUUCCUUCCACCCCGCCUACACCUGGUCAACUCCGCCCAGGGCGCGCCCCCUUUCCCUUCCUCCCAGAUCAUAGGGAGGCUUUGGAAGAAGACGGUACCGCUGAGGUUUCCCAGCCGGUCUGUUAGUGCAACUCAGCGCGCCUGCGUAGAAGGGGCGGAGGAGGAAGUGCGGCCUCAGUCUGGAAGCUGGUAGCCCAGUGCUACCGCGGAGGUUACUAAGCGUCUACGCGAUGGAGAUGGACGGCUCUGUGGAGGCGCCAGCGGAUCUGGAGGAGCGCGUGGUCCAGGAGCGCCAGCGGCAGUGCGCCGAGUUCGCGGCGAUUACGGGCCGCGAAUGCGGCUUGGCUCAGUGCUACCUGGCGGAGAACGACUGGCAGAUGGAAAGGGCGCUCAACUCCUACUUCGAAUCGGCUGGGGACGAGGGUGCGCCGGACGCUAGGCCGAGGACGCCCGCCCCCGCCGCGGGGAUCUGUGUUGACCUGACAAAAGAACCAACAAAUAAUGUCAACAGUACCUGUGUCAAUAUAGAGAAUACCUGUGGCCAGAAAGAAGAUGACAGUACAUUUUCUUUGAUUACAUGGAAUAUUGAUGGAUUGGAUAUACACAAUUUGCAAGAUAGGGCUAAAGGCGUGUGUGAAUAUUUAGCUUUGUACACUCCUGAUGUGGUUUUUCUUCAAGAGGUGAUUCCACCAUACUACAGUUACUUAAAGAAAAGAGCAACCAGUUACACAAUUAUUUCAGGUAAUGAAGAUGGCUAUUUCACUGUAAUAAUGUUGAAGAAGUCAAGAGUGAAGUUAAUAAGUCAUGAAAUUGCACCUUUUCCAACUACCCAAAUGAUGAGAAACCUUUUGUGUGUGCAUGUGUCUAUAUGUGGUAAUGAACUUUGCCUUUUGAACUCACACUUUGAGAGUACCAGAAACCAUGCUCGGGAACGGAUGAAUCAGCUAAAAAUGGUGCUAAAGAAAAUGCAAGAGGUUCCAGAGUCAAUUACAGUUAUAUUUGGAGGAGAUACAAAUUUAAGGGACCAUGAAGUUUCUAAAUCAGGUGGCUUGCCAGAAAAAAUUUUGGAUGUUUGGGAGUUUUUGGGCAAACCUGAACAUUGCCGUUAUACUUGGGAUACACAAGCCAACACUAAUUUGGCAAUAGAGGCUACUUGUAAACUACGGUUUGAUAGAAUAUUUUUCAGACCUGCAGCUGAUGGUUGUAACAUUAUUCCACGCAGUUUAGACCUAAUAGGGUUAGAAAAACUGGACUGUGGUAGAUUUCCUAGUGAUCAUUGGGGUCUUCUAUGUGGCUUUGAUGUAAUACUGUGAAUAUUUUUUCAGAUGUAUAUUUUUAAAUUUGUUGUACAGUUUUCUCUCAUAUUCCUUGCAAAGACUUGAUAAUGUUUCGAACUCUUUGGAAAUGUGUGUUGAAUAUCAUCUAAGAGAUUGGAUCUUUGCUGCUCUGUAAUUAUUUCUCUUUGUAGAUUUAUCCCAUAGAUUUUUCAAAAGUCCAUCCUCCCCCUUCAAGAACCUUUUAAGUAAAAGAACUUUUGGAAUUGGCCUUUUUAUUCUUCAUUCAGUGUAAUUGGUUGAUUUGAAUGAAAUGAAGACAUGGGUUGCUUAGUCCCUUGCUGCUCUGGUCCUGCUUCUGCCAUUGCUGUGAACUUUCUUGGUUAUGGGACUAUGGCUUUUCUUGUUCUUCAUCUUCAUUUUGACCACUUUGUUAAUUAAAAUAGACUUUAAGUAGAAGAAUGGUAAUACAAGUAUAUGCCAUUGAGAAAUGAGGUAACACUUAUUUUCAUUUUUGCUUACCUAAAUUAACAGAGGAAAUAACAAGUAAUGAUAAAAGACAAAUGGAAUUUACAAAUCACUAUUUCCUCUGUAGUGAUGGUGUAGGAGGAAAAUAUAAAGUAUUAAUAAUAAUCAUAAUAGUUUAACAUAAAUAAUUGUAUUGGAAAACUGGAUAAUGUGUUCAAUCCUAGUCAUUUAAUAAGCCAUGAAACGUGUUAGAAUUUUAAGUUCAUGAGAAACCAAUUUUGUAUUUUUAAUUAAAAAGUAUAAAAGAACCACUACUGCUGUCUACUUUUGAAUCACAAAGAAUCUAAGCUAAUCUAAGUUUUCUCCCAUUAUUUGACCCUAGAGCAAAGAUUGAAAAAAAAAGAAGAUUGAAUUCAGGUAGUGUUAAAAAUGAAACCAUUUUUGAACAACAUAUUUUGGAUAAUCUACUUUCAUUCAGUUAGUGACCCUAUCCUUCUUUCCCUUCUUUAGAGAAAUAGAACCCAACCUUUGGCAUGCCAAUAGACGUUUUAUAUUUUAAGUUCUUUGAUUUAAAUGCUUGUUGACUUGGAUCUGUUGAAAUUUUGCUAGAUUGUCAUAUUUACCCAACUGCUUUGCCUAAAUGUAAUUCAAGAAACUUUCUUGUUCAACAGUGUGCAGAGAUUAAGUUGACUCUAUAGCAUAGCACUAGAAAUGUUAGUUUUUCUCCUCUUUUCUGACUCAGAGUGGGGAAUAAAUUAAUAAGCAGAUCAUUUAAUUUUACCCAUGUCUCCCCAUCAUUCAAGCUGGAAUAAUACUUUACUGUAUUUCAUGAGGCUGAGUAAGUUUUUACAUGCUUUAAACUAUUUGAGAGGAAGUUCAGAUGUGCAAGAGAUACCAAUUAUAGUAAUACCUUUUUCUACUGUUUUAAUAUUUUUCCUUUCUUCUCAACUUAAAUCUUGUCUGAGGAGAAAAUAAUAAUUUUUUUGGCUCCCAAACUGAUUGAGUGACUUUGAGUAAAUCAUCUCAACAUUCCAUGUCAUUUUGUUGUUGCUGUUGUUUGUUUCGUCACAGUACACCAGUGUUGUCUGGGUCUGAAGACUGGGACCAGGGUAUGGACCAAAAGAGAAGAAAAUCAUGGAUGAGAGCCAGAAGUCACAAUAAGUAUAUGGUCAUUGUGCCCAGUGUUAAGUUGUUUGUUUGCGUGAGGAAGGGAAUAGAAGGCGGAACAGAAAAGGAAAAAAAGACAAGAUUGACCUUGAUGCAGUAGAAUUUUAAACUGUUUUGAAAUAGUGCUAGUUUAUGAGUAGUCUUUAUUAGUUGGUUGAUAGGUGUUGACUAUCUCUACCACCUCUUUGAUGUUCUACCAUUACAUGUUAAUUACUCGAAUGAACUUCAUAGCUUUUGGCCCUCUGUAGAUUUUUACUAAAAUUAAACAGUAAUAAUGAAAGCAUAAUGUAAUGAAUGGAAGGCAUCCUUCAAUUAGGACAAUCUAGAUUCAUAUCUAUCCUCUAAUACAUAUUGGCUUUGUGAAAUUGGACAAGUCACCCUCUCAUUGUCCUGAUCAUUCUAAAACCAAGUUGUAGAACAAUUGCUGAACUACAUUUAAGAAGAUUUUACUCACUAGGAACUUCUUGGAGAAUCCCAGGUCCAGACAAAAUAAUAAUAACUUAUCUAUAGCACUCUCCUCCACAACUACUCCUGGCUAGUAUACUAUUCCUCUUAUUCUUAUUUUUUACAACAAGGGAAGCUGAAACUGAGAAGACACAGAGUUGGGAAAUCCUUUUAUCCCUUCAUAGGGAGGAUUAGCUAACACCUUCCUGCUAUCUAGUGGCCCUCAAGUUGAGAUCAAAGCUUUGUGGGAAGGGGAUUCAGAAGAGGUGCUUGGAGCAGAGUGAGAGAGGACAAAGACUAGAGGCUGCACUUUUGUCUUUCACAAUUUGGACUUCAGCCAUAAUCUUUUUAUGAAUUCUCAGGUACCCAGUUAUUCAAUUGAAAGUAUUUUUUAAAAUCUCCAUUUGUUGAGAGGAAAGCUAACUAGUGAAAAUAAAGGAAAUGUAAAUUGCUUCUAAUAGAGUGUUCAGAAAUCUAAUUUUAUUUGUAGUAGGCUAUCACUGGUGUCUAGAAUGUGGCCUCUCUUCAGUGGUUGAAAAAUAAUACUUGCCAUUAAAAAGCAAAUGACUGCUAUCUACAGUCCUGACUUCAACUAGUUCAAACCCCGUAGAGGCAGCCUUACUUCUCUAUGAAGCUUUUUCAGAUUCCUUGUUAGUAACAAUCUUAUCUUUGUCAUUUCACAUGCAAUUUGUAUGUUCUAAUGUACUUAUUAUUAGUGCUUAUUUUUAGGUAUUAUAACUGGUUGAGUCAUAGUGAGUUGAAGGGGAUCUCUUGAGAUCUAGUUCAACUUCAUUUUAGAAAUUAGGAAACUGAUGCACAGAGCUUGAAACUUCCCCAUAGUUCUUCUCCUGGCCAUGUUAAAGAUAGAAUAGAGCCCAGGUCCUCUGACCGUAGAACCAGUGUGCUUUUCAUUCCAGAUGGUGAAGUGACUAAAGCACCAGGAUAUAGAACCAGGAAAAAUUGAGUUCAAAUGAGGCCUCACAAACUUACUAGCUGUGUGACCCUGGGAAAUCAUUUAAUCCUGUUUGCCUCAGUUUCCUCACUUAUAAAAUAAGCUGGAGAGAGAAAUGGCAAACCAUUUCCAGUAUCUUUGCCAGAAAAACCCUUAAUGGGUUCACAAAGUGGAACAUGAUUGAAACAGCUGAACAGUACCAUAUCCCAACAGAAUAAGAGAAGAGACAAUCCGAGGAGGGAAAUAAUUACACCUCAUCUCCAAAUUGCAGAUGAGGAAUCUGAAGCAGUUAGAUUAAAUGCCUGUAGUUACACAGCUAGCAAGUAUCUGAGGCUGAUUGUAAACUUAAAGUCAUCUUCAUUCCAGGUCCAGCACUCAGUUGCUAUCAAGAAUAUUAUACUGUCUUCCAGUAAACUUUGAGGUCAGAGAUUAUAUUUUAUGUAAACUUUGUGCUUUCUACUACAUCAUAAUGCUCUGCAUAUGGUUUCUUUUAAAAAAAAAGUUAGCACUUUAGUAAUUUUUUUUUCUUCCCCAUGACAUGCAAAAGCAGUUUAAAGUUUUAAGUUCCAAAUUCUAUCUCCUUAUUCACCCUCCCUCCCUGAGAAUAUGGUAAGCAGUCUGAUAUAGGUUUUUUUUUUUUUUUAAAUAGUAUUUUAUUUUUCAAAAUACAUUUAAAGAUAGUUUUCAACAUUCAUCUUUGCAAAACCUUGUGUUCCAAGUUUUUCUCCUUCCUUCCCCUCCCCAAGAAGUCUGAUUUAGGUUAAAUGUACAGUUCUUCUAAACAUAAUUUCCAUAUUUGUCAUACUCCACAAAGAAAUGUCACUGACCACUUUUCAAUAUUUGGAAAAUAGUAUUUGCCAUUAAUAAGCAGAUGACUGCUAAAAGUGAAAAAAGAUAAGAAGAAAAAAAAACCCUCAACAACAACAAAAAGGUAAAAAUAAUAUGUUUUGAUCCAUAUUCAGUCUCCAUAGCAAUACUAUUGGAAUUGCUUUGAAUCACCUUAUCAUUGAAAAAAACAAAGUCCAUCACAGUUGAUCAUCACAUAAUCUUGUUACUGAGUACAGUGUUUUCUUGGUGUUCUGCUCAUUUCUUUUAGCAACAGUUCAUAUAAGUCUUUCUAGUCUUUUCUGAAAUCAUCCUGCUCAUCAUGUCUUUCUUUUUUUUUUUUUUUAAGCUUUUUUAUUUUCAAAAAAUAUGCAUAGAUAAUUUUUAGCAUUCAUUCUUGCAAAACCUUGCAAAACUCUCCCUUUCCCCAUUCCCUCCCCUGGAUGGCAAGCAAUCCAUUAUGUUAAAUAUGUGCAGUUCUUCUAUAUAUAUUUCCACAAUUACACUGCAUAAGAAAACUGACUUCCAAAAGGAAGACAAUGAGAAAGAAAACAAAAUGCAAGCAAACAACAAUAGGGUGAAAAUGCUAUGUUGUGAUCCACACUCAGUUCCCACAGUCCUCUCUUUGAGUACAGAUGGCUCUCUUCAUCUCAAGAUUACUGGAACUGGCCUGAAUCACUUCAUUGCUGAAAAGAGCCACAUUCAUUAGAAUGGAACAUUAUAUAAUUUUGUGUACAGUGUUCUCCUGGUUCUACUCACUUCACUUAGCAUCAAUUCAAGUAAGUCUCUCCAGGCUUUUCUGAAAUCAUCCUGCUGAUAUGAUAAUUUCUUAUAGAAUAAUAAUGUUCCAUAACAUUCAUAUACCAUAACUUAUUCAUUCUCCCACUGAUGGGCAUUCACUCAAUUUCCAAUUUCUUGCCCUUAUAAAAAGGGUUGCUACAAACAUUUUUGCACAUGUGGGUCCUUUUUCCUCUUUUAUGAACUUUUUGGGAUACAAACCCAUUAGAGACACUGGAACAAAGGAUAUGCACAGUGUGAUAGCUCUUUGACAUAGUUCCAAAUUGUUCUCCAGAAUAGUUGGGUCAUUUCACAACUCUUAACCACAAUGCCUUAAAGUAUCUGUUUUUCCAUAUCCCGUUCAACAUUUUUUAUUAUCUUUUCCUGUAAUCUUGACCAGUCUGAGAGGUGUGAAGCCGUAUUUCUGAUAUAGGUUAUAAAGGAGCAGUCAUGUAAAAUAUUUCAAUUGUGUAAGUUCUUAAUAAAUGUUGCAUUUAAUUAAAUGGA